CCGCAACACCAAAAAACCUGACCAAGAAUACAAUACAUCCUGCACUAAGCUUUUUUAAACGCACGCUAUCCUAUCAACAACGAUAGCUCAUCAAACACGCAGUCGGAUAUUGCUUCUACUCUAUUCGACCAAUCACAGUUUGUUUGCGUAAUUGCAGUAGACAAAGGUUAUCGCUGCUAAUCAUUUUCUGAACGUUCACACUUUACAUAAAGCUUCACCAUGGCACGUUCCAUCAAUGUUUUUCUGCUGGCUCUUACACUAAUUAUCUCCGUUAAUCAAUUUGCAGAUGGUUUUAAUCUCCCAGAAGCAAUUAAUGGUAGAAUAGAAUCAAAACCCGGAAAAAGAUGUCUUCUAUAUCGUUGGGACGUGAAAAAUCUAAAUCAGCCAUGCACUCCUCCUGACUUUAACUUUACGCUCUCAAUACUACUAUUUAAAAGCUCUGGAUCCAGUAUGACAGAGAUAGAACAGGACGUUUAUUCCAGACAACAACCGGGUAACAGCUCAAUACAGUCUUUCUCAGAAUGCCUCUACGACAGCAGUGAAAAUAUUUCAUGUUGUCAAGACAUCAGCUCCCAAGUCAGAAACAAAACGUCUGGACGUGAGGUAUCUUUUUCUAAUUUCGAGAGGAUAACUGUAGCUGUCACGAUUUGCGCAGGAGGAAUCAAUAGUGCGUUCUCUCCUGGACCGGCAAAGAAAAUACUUCCAUGGAGAGAUCCUUGCUUCACGUAUAAACCAUGUCAACAACUUGAGUUUGCAGUUUGUAAUCCUGCUGUGGACGACUACUACUGUUCGUGUCAAUAUCAAUGGACGGGGAAGAACUGUACUGUACCAAGAUACAUGACGGACAUGACGUACCAUGCUAGUAGAUGCCUGAAUGUUUCAUCAGAAACUGGUGUACAGCUUCUGUACGGGAAGAAUGUAGCACAAUGCAAGUCUGUUUGCUCAGGAUCAAAGUGCAAAUCGUUUGAGUUCAGAAGAACGCCAUCUAGUCUCAAAGGCAACUGUACUCUUCGUUACUCCAACAGUCUUCAGCACAGACUCGUACCAUGUGAUGCAGAUCUCUACCAAUUGAAGAGUUUUUUCUCUUCUACUGAUGCCCCCAGUUCAAACAGCACUGCAAGUACCCCCACUAAGGAACAUGGUUGCCUAUCUACAGCAGUAAUAGUGAUAAUAGUAAUCAUUGGAGUAUUAGUUCUUGCCUUUAUAGUAAUUGUACUUGUAAUAAAACCAUUUGAAACCAUCACGACAACGCCCUCCCGAUCCCAUAGCAACCUUGGAGCCUUGCCUCCUGGGACACAUCCUAGAGAUCAAGAGACGACCCCACUGGCUCCAGAUAAGGAUUAAUUUUACGGCUAUCAAAGCAAUCUUUCUACGCCAUGAUGUGUGACUCACCGAACUUCAGGCUCGUAGAGGUCAGGGAAAAACAUUUAUGGCAUGCACCAUGUGACAUUUCCUUGAGAAUAAUUCCUUUGACAUUUGAGUAAGAUAAAAAUGGAUAGUUUGAAUAGAUAGCGAAAGCAGGGCAUAAAAAUUACUUUAAAACUACGCUGCAGCUAACCGAGGUCUAAGUCUUUCAACACAGAGAGAUGAAGGAGGCUUAGUUUACAGGAAUCACGAGGAGGGAUGGCUUUAAAAACAUAAAAACUACAUAAAACCUUGCAGCUAACCAAGGUCCAAGUCUUUCAACACAGAGAGAUGGAGGAGUCUUAGUUCACAUGAACCAUGAGGAGGGAUGACAUUAGCCUUCCUUUAUUCUUUGUUCAGCUCCCCACUUGUAGUCUUACGUAUCAUGACUAGUCUACUAUUGUCACUGGGGGGUUUCAUUUAUUAGCAUAUGGGGGGUCCGGCAAAAGUUUAGGAGGGUUACCAUGGUUAUUUUGAGAAAGUGGUUAGAAGGGUUAUUACAUAUUGAGAAGUUUUUUGAUGAUUAAAGAAGGGCUAUGUAAUUGAUACCUCUACCAAGAAGGGGCGUUGGGUUAUGUUUGUAAAGCUUUCCAUGUGAUUUCGUCAGCCCCCCAUCUCCCCCCCUUCCCUCCCCCAUGUGGUAAUAAAUUAUGAAAGCCCCCUAAAGAUGACAGCGAAGGAGCGAAUGAAUUUGAAUUAGUUUUUUAAUGGUAAAUUGCAAUGUAUGUUUUUAGUAUUUAUUAAAAAAAGCUAAAUUUGUAGA